AAGGAAAAUGGCGGGCACAAGAGCAGCAGCGAUGAAGCUGGCGGUCGUCCUCCUGGCCAUGAGCCAGCUCGUCCACAUGGCGACCCCGACGGCGGAUCCAAUGACUACUGCGUCAUCGUCUCUACUGGUUACGAGCGUCUCCGGCCCUUCCGACGGGGAACAUAAACCCAGCCAUGGCAUCAGGGAAGAGAAGGUGUUGCUCAACGCGCCCAACAUCCCUGCAGUUCCGCCCCCUCCCCACCUCGUCCUACCGUGCAAGGGGAGAGCGUGUUGACCUCAGGGGGAUGAUGACGAGAUCAAAUGCACGCAGAUGGACUCAAGUGUGCCAAGACAAUAAAAAGCCACGUUGUUCUACAUAAGUCGUGUACUCCAUGUUUACGAUCGACUGAUGGAAUAAAUAAACGGAACCUUGUUUCGGAACAAGUUUUAAUA